AUGCCGAAGGACCAGUAUGAUACCGAUCUUUAUAUGGCAUCUGAUGAUGAUAGUAUUGAAGGAGCAUAUGUUGUCGGAACGGGGGAGAACGAAGGAGAGUUCUUAUUUCAAUAUCAUCCAAAGGAAGGAGAGCCAUCGACAAUAUCUGUCAUCAUAGUUGACCUCCCGAACUAUCCCUCAAGACACGAGGUUUUCAUCUUUGGCUGUGGUGACGAUGCAGCUUCUCUUGGAGAGAAGCUUAGUGAUCUCCCCAGUUUAGCAGGAACACCCAUCAAGCAGAUUAUGGUCAGGGUCGUACAACAUCUAAGAAAUAAAGAAGCAGAUGGAUCGAAGAAACGGCCAUUUGUUGUUAAUGACGACGACGUAGGUUUUGGGCAUGCUUCACAGUCGUCACAGGCCCGCCACGCUAGAAAGACUGGCCGUUUAUCGCACGACGACGACAACGACGACGGAGAUGAUUUGUAUACGACAGGGCCGACGCUUGAUAAAGGCAAAAAAGUAGCCUCUGGAUCUCCACCUGUGAUUACCCCGACUAGUCCUUCGCAGAGAAUCAUUACCGACCUGAGGGCCGCAAAAGAUGCGGGGUUUAAACUUGGGUACCAUGGAUCGCUGAAAGGUACCGGAGUUUGCUAUGUCGUUAUAUCAUGCCGGUUAUCGCGGCUAGGUAUUUCGGAUAAUGCUUUGGAUGCAUGGCAUGUUGAAACAAAGAGGUACUUGAGCCUUAUAAUCGAAUACCCAGCUGGAUACGCCAAUUUGGACGACCUUUGCGACGAAUUGAAGAGAUCUCGUUCAGACCGAGCGAAGGCAAAUAUCCGAAUGAGAAUCCGACAAAAUGACCAGUAUAAACCAACCAAGGCGCAAUGCCAAGCUGCUUUCAAGAGGGCAGAUCCAAACAUACCCUAUAUAUUUCAGACGCUAGAGUUGUUCCUGAACGAGAGAAUGAUAACUCUACUUAAGAAGAGACUCGAACUUGGCUUCACGUGGUUCGGGGCUGAAGAGUAUUAUUUUCUCGAUAAGAAAAAGGCGGCUUCGUCCGUCGAGGCAAUGGAGGCGAAGUAUUGGCAUGACGAUACUCCUAUCAAUGGUUUCUCACGUCUAGUAACGUCCGACCACUUCAUGGCUGCGACGGGUAUAGAGAACCGUUCUUUCCCGCUUAUUGCAAUGCAACUCUUCCUCCGACAUUUUGCACGAUACACAGACUUCUGUCUUGUCUGCCACCGUACAGUUGAUACGGACGUUGAAGCCUUGGAACCGUAUGUUUGCAGCACACCAGCCUGUCUCGCGAAAUAUCUGUCCUCAGACUUUGGUCCGGGGAUUGAAAAGGAUAUUGUGGAACAACCAUAUGUCGUCGAUUUACUCGUUUCAUUCUGCUAUGCGGCGGCGAAGCAUCAGAAGUUGAAGGAUUUCCCGGACGCACUCAAUUUGAAAGUCCCUUUCCCACCGGGGAGUGGAGGUUUUACUGGAACCUUUGACCGGGCGAAUAAAGAUCUAACAUUAAGAAUCAAUGCUACAACUCCUAUUUCUCAUCCAGUACAAGUUGGUACUUGGAUGGCGAUCACGGGUGCUGGAGCUGCUGGCGAGACCUUAUGCUGCCGUGCGACAGAUAUGUCUCAAUUCCCAACUAUCAAAGUUUCGGAUCCUAUAUCCACAACUGCCCAAGCUAGUGCACUGAAAAUUGGAGCAGCAUACACUGGAGGAUCUGUUGCGGCAGCUGGUAGUCACCAAGUUGCAGUGUACGUUUAUAACCAGGACUUCGCAGGGCUCACCCCACAGCAGAAGCAGGAUGUUAUCUGCUUGCUACUUGAUACCCUACCAUCUAUUCGAGAGAUGAAAGAUAGACUGCGACAGGGCCACCUCGCAAGUUGGGGAGAUCGAAUUUCACCGGCCGCAUUGGGUGUUCUCAGAUGGAUUAUUGCGUCGAAUCGUGCUUGUAUUGUGCAAGUUGACGGUCUAGAAACCGGCUCUAAUGGGGUCUUCCCUGCCACUCAGACCGAGGAUCGUGUCUAUGGUAUGGGUAAUUGGAUGCAGUUUCGAUUUGCUAUGGGUGCACCUGAUAAAGAGCAGAAGUUUCAAACUGCGAGCUCGAAUACUACUAGGAGGCUACGACUCAAGUACCCGACUAUGUUCGCAUGGCAUGGAAGCCCAUUGAUAAAUUGGCAUUCGAUUAUUCGAGAAGGAUUGAAUUUCAACCAAACUACAAACGGACGGGCCUAUGGGAACGGAUGCUACCAUUCGUUGGAUUUUAGGACAAGUUUGGGGUAUACCCAUAAUCGGUAUGCUUCAGCCGCAGGGAGCGACCAAUGGUCCAAGAGUGUGCUCAAAGUUUCGGGUGCAGUCGCAUUGAACGAAAUUGUCAAUGCACCAGGCGAAUUCGUCAGCAAGAGCCCACAUUUGGUGGUUGCACAGCUCGAUUGGAUAUGCACGAGAUACUUGUUUGUUCAAUGCGCUUUUAGCAGCCAGGGAGUUGCGUCUUCGAAAACGCCUAGCCAAGUCAAGCCGCAGGAUCCAUCCAUGACUCCGAAUGGUGAACAAGGCAAAAUAGUUAUUCCCCAGCCGAAGGCGGCCAGAGCCCGGAAGGACGACUUGCUUGAUGAAAAUAAGAAGGGCAAGAAGAAAAGCGAACCAGCUUACACUCUUGUUACCAUCGACGGUAUCGAAGAGCGAAUCCCCGUUGCAGAAGAUCCCGCCAGCGACGCUACGGAUGGUUCUGACCUCGACAUCUUUGUCGAAGAACAUCUUCCAACUCCUGCCACCGUAUCUGCGACUACUUCCGAUUCGCUCAACAUAUCCGAUUUGGAUGUGGCGAUAGCAUUGUCAAUGGAAACAGCUAGAAAUGGAAGUAGUUCGUCGUCGUCGUCGAUGCCACCACUGAGUGAGCAAAACCGCAGGAGGACUAGCUUUUUUUCUGGAUUUGCGAAUAAGGGUCGUGCGUCUAAUGAGAACAGGCCGUCAAUUGCAGGUAAUUCGUCAACUUCAACUUUCCCUGGAUCUGGAUCGAGCUCCGUAGCUCAACCGCCAUCAUAUGAUGAUAUUCCGAUAACCGCGACACCCCCUAACUACACUCCAGUUGCUGAUACCAAUGGAACAGGUUUCUUUACAAAUCCUUUUGCGGCUACCAGUUCAAAUAAUGCUAAUGGGAGUGCCGAACCUCCAAGGUAUGCGCUUCGAAGCACCGUCAGUAACGUUCCUGCGGCAUCAUCCUCGGCGGCCAAUAACUCGGGCUCGAUUAGCCGUGGGAAAGGAUUGGCAGGUGGCUUCUUUGGGGGCUUUAAGAGAGGCCUCAGUUUUGGAGCCCCUGCGAACAAUGAUUCGUGGGAUAGUUACACUCCUGCGGUGCCAGGUUCAGACUCUGUUAAUCAGGUCGGAGGGCCCAAGGGAAAAGGGAAAUUCGUAGAUUCAGGAACGGCUCCGGUUAUUUCAGCGCCUUUCGCUGUGACGAGCUCUAACCCUCUAGUGAACGGUGGUAAUGCUCAGCCUAAUGGCUCUGCCAACCUAUUCAAGCAACCUACGGUAGAUGCUAUAAAGUCUAUAAGCGUGCCCGCAGCAUCGACAUCGACAGCCCCAAUCCCAAUCCCAAUCCCAGUUAACCCAACUGCAGCUGGUACAAGCAACGCACAGCCUGUUACCGCUCCAGCCGUCGUUGUUCCAGCCGUUGUUGUUCCAGUGGUUGCGCCUCCAGUGGUUGCGGUCCCCAAGGCGCCGGAACCGCCAAAAACCGAUUUUGUCGCCGGUCAAUUAGACUACAGUAGCCUUCCUCUCAUUACUCAACCGACAUUUGCUACGCACCAAGCUACAAAACGUCUUCAAAGGGAGUACAAAAACUUGCUGAAGAUCCAAGAUAGCACUCCGUUGCACGAACUCGGAUGGUACACUAAUCCUGAUCAUUUCGAGAACGUGUAUCAGUGGAUCGUGGAACUUCACACUUUCGAUGCCGAAUUGCCGCUCGCGAAAGAUAUGAAGUCGCAGGGUGUCAAGAGUGUUGUUCUUGAGCUCCGAUUUGGUGCGAGUUUCCCGAAUACGCCACCAUUCGUCCGGGUUAUUAAACCUAGAUUCUUGCCGUUCAUGAAUGGUGGAGGAGGGCAUGUGACUAUUGGUGGGGCCGUUUGUUUGGAGAUGUUGACGGGGACAGGAUGGGAUAGUAAGACGACUAUUGAGAGUAUUCUAAUGAAUGUGAGACUCGCAAUGAUGAGCGUCGAUCCAAAGCCAGCGAAGUUGGAGUCUGGCGGAGGUGGGAGGUCGUAUGGGGUUGCUGAGGCGGUGUCGGCAUAUUUAAGAGCGUGUAGGACCCACGGGUGGACGGUGCCGAAGGGGUUCGAGGAAAUGGCGAAGUCAACUUCAUGA